UUUCAUAUUAUGAUCUAAAGAGUUUCCAAUAAUUUGGCAACAACGCACAUCAUAUUGCCAUAUUGGAAACUUUUCUGUUUAAUUUUGAUAAGGAUUUUUUCACCCAUAAUUUUAUUUAUCAUUUAAUAUUUUAAAUUUUAAGAGCAUUAAUAGCUCUCAUGACUAGCCAAUGUUCGCUCUCAGUCGAAAAUUACUGCACUUUGUAUCUUUAGUACAAAUAAGCAAUAUAUCUAAGUGUAGUUAUCGAACAAGUAGUUAUAAUUUUACAACAUUUUCUGGUCCUAGAUUCAAAAUGUCAGAGGUGGAAAAAUCUGCAAUCGCUACUCCUGGCGGUGAUACAAUUUUUGGUAAAAUUGUUAGGAAGGAAAUACCAUGUAAUUUCAUAUACGAAGACGAUCUUUGUGUUGCAUUUCAUGACAUCAAUGCUCAAGCACCUGUUCAUUUUUUGGUAAUACCGAAGAAACCAAUUGAAAUGUUAUCUGCUGCUGACAGCUCUGAUGAAACGUUACUUGGUCACUUAAUGUUGGUAGCAAGCAAAGUAGCAAAAGAACAAGGAUUGAAUGAUGGUUUUCGUUUGGUAGUUAAUAAUGGAAAGGAUGGGGCUCAAUCAGUUUAUCAUUUACAUUUGCAUGUUCUUGGUGGUCGCCAACUAGGAUGGCCACCUGGCUAAUUGUUGUUAAUGUUAAUGUUCAAUUUAAUAUUUAUCUAAUAUGAUAAAAUAUAUUAGAAUUUAACUGGGUCAAUUAAAA